GGUGCCGGCGUGCUUUGCGCGGACAAGAUGCCGGGCGCCAUGUUACUGUGAGCUCGGCGAGUGGCUGUAGAGUGAAGGAGAGAGAAGGAAGGAAGGAAGCUUGCCCGCCCGCCCGCCAGGCCCGGCCCUUCGCCGUGCAUCCACACACAUACCCCGCGCCGGUUGCCGCGGGGGGAUGAAUACUCCAUGUGUCCUGCUGGGCAUGAAUGAAGCGGCCUGGCAGCAGGAGUCGGCACGGAUAAUGCAUGGGGGCAUCGGCGGUGGCGGCGCUCCCUCGGAUGGCGGCGGCGGUGGCGGCGUCAACGACGGCCUUGUGUUGAGUGCGGCGGCGGCGGCACCCGGAGCGUUGGGCCCCGGCGCCGUCCCGGCCAUAGCGCCCGGCCACCCCGGGGCGCAGCACCUCCUCAGCGGACGCUCUCAAGACGACGCCACGGUGGGCUACUUCUUCCAGCGGCAGCCGGGCGAGCAGCUGGGCGGCUACUCCAACAAACACCGGUGGCCCACGGGCGAUGGAGUUCACAUUGAGCAUCAGGUUCGAUCUGUGGACGAGAUGAAUCAUGACUUUCAAGCUCUUGCACUGGAGGGACGGGGAAUGGGCGAACUUUUACCUGCUAAGAAAUUCUGGGAAUCAGAUGAUUCAGCAAAAGAUGGCCAAAAGGGGAUUUUCCUAGGAGAUGAGUGGAGGGACACUGCAUGGGGAGCAUCUCACCAUACUGUGUCUCAGCCAAUCAUGGUUCAAAGAAGGCCUGGUCAAGGAUUUCAUGUAAACAGUGAAGUUGGCUCUGUUCUAUCUCCCCGUUCUGAAAGUGGCGGCCUAGGAGUAAGCAUGGUGGAGUACGUCUUGAGAUCUUCACCUGGGGAUAAACUGGAUACUCGUUUUAGAAAAGGACCAUUUGGUGCUGGAGACCCAGAGCCUGAUGAGAAUGACAAGGCUGAUCAGAAAGGGAAAUCAUCACCAUUCGAGGAAGAUAAAAAUAGAGAUCUGAAACAAGGAGAUGAUAUUUCCAAAGCUAAUGGGCUAGUUUUGCAGAAUGGAAUAGAUACAGACUGCAAAGACUUCAACCGUACUCUUGGAAGCCAUCAAGCGCCUCCCACGGAAAUGGCUGAACGCCUGGGUCCAAACCAGAACACUUCAGAAGGUUUAGGCCAAUUGUCCAAUGCUACAGCAAAUAAACCACCUGGAGAAGAGUUUCAUAAUUCUGACACUCAAAAUUUAGACAGCAUUGAGGCCACAGUUGGCUUAGAUCAUUUGCAGUUUGACUAUUCAAGCAAUCAAGUAUCCAUGGACUCUUCAGCAGCAGCAGCAGCUGUGGGUCUUUUUGACUACAGCUCCCAGCAUCAGCUCUUCCAACGACAAAAUGCACUGACAGUACAGCAGCUGACUGCAGCCCAACAGCAGCAGUAUGCCCUGGCAGCAAGCCAGCAGCCACAUAUAGCAGGUGUAUUUUCAGCAGGUCUUGCUCCAGCUGCCUUUAUGCCAAACCCAUACAUAAUCAGCGCAGCUCCGCCAGGCACUGAUCCAUAUACUGCAGCAGGACUGGCUGCAGCAGCUACGUUAGCAGGUCCUACAGUUGUCCCACCUCAGUAUUAUGGAGUUCCAUGGGGUGUGUAUCCAGCAAAUCUGUUCCAACAGCAAGCAGCUGCAGCAGCUGCAAAUAAUUCUGCUAACCAGCAGGCUGCAUCACAGGCACAGCAAGGACAACAAGUUCUACGAGGUGGCAAUCAGCGCCCACUAACUCCAAAUCAGGGUCAGCAGGGUCAACAAGCUGACUCAAUGGCAGCAGCUGCUGCAACCAAUUCAGCUCUUGCCUUCAGUCAAGGCCUUGCUACAGGAUUGCCAGGUUAUCAAGUUCUAGCCCCAGCUGCAUACUAUGAUCAAACUGGCACAUUGGUGGUGGGUCCUGGCGCAAGGACUGGAUUAGGGACACCAGUUAGGCUGGUAGCAUCGACGCCAGUUAUCAUCAGCUCUGCUGCAGCACAAGCUGCUGUGGCAGCUUCAGCUAAUGGAACAGCAAACAGCCUAGCAGCAAAUGGCCUCUUCCGUCCAAUUGGAAACCAACCACAGCAACAACAGCAACAGCAAAGUAACAACUUGCAGUCAAACUCAUUUUAUGGCAGUAGCUCCCUUUCAAAUAGUUCUCAGAGCAGUUCAUUGUUCUCUCAUGGGCCAGGCCAACCAAACAACACUUCGCUUGGUUUUGGGAGCAGCAACUCGCUGGGUGCUGCAAUUGGCUCAGCACUUGGAGGAUUUGGAUCAGCAGUUGGCGGUUCUGGAAGCAACAGUGUAUCCAGAAGAGAUUCAUUGUCUACUGGCUCUGAUCUAUACAAACGACCCAACAGCAAUCUGCCUCCCAUAGGACAGCAAUUCUACAGCAGCUUGGGAUUCUCCUCCUCGCCUGGUCCAAUUGGCAUGCCCCUUCCCAGCCAGAAUCCCGGUCAUUCUUUAACACCACCUCCAUCCCUUUCCUCACAGGGAUCGUCAUCUACUCUGCACCUUGGCGGACUGACAAAUGGCAGUGGUCGGUUCAUUUCUGCAGCACCUGGUGCCGAAGCUAAAAGUCGUAGUGGAACUGGUUCAACAAGUCUGUUCAGCUCUAGCAGUCAGCUGUUCCCUCCCUCACGUCUUCGAUACAGCAGAUCUGAUAUCAUGCCUUCGGGUCGUAGUAGGCUGUUGGAGGACUUCCGAAAUAACCGUUUCCCUAAUCUUCAACUACGUGAUCUGGUCGGUCACAUAGUUGAAUUCUCCCAGGACCAACAUGGGUCUAGAUUCAUCCAGCAAAAAUUAGAACGAGCUACGCCUGCAGAACGUCAGAUGGUUUUUAGUGAGAUCCUGCAAGCUGCUUAUCAACUGAUGACUGAUGUGUUUGGAAAUUAUGUAAUACAGAAAUUCUUUGAGUUUGGAAGUUUGGAUCAGAAACUAGCUUUAGCCCAGCGCAUCCGAGGGCAUGUUUUACCCUUGGCUCUACAGAUGUAUGGUUGUCGUGUUAUUCAGAAGGCUUUAGAAUCCAUUUCCGCAGACCAGCAGGUAAUUAAUGAUAUGGUAAAGGAAUUGGAUGGACACGUUUUAAAAUGUGUUAAGGACCAAAAUGGAAACCAUGUGGUUCAAAAGUGCAUUGAAUGUGUGCAACCACAGUCUCUCCAGUUCAUUAUUGAUGCUUUCAAAGGGCAGGUGUUUGUGUUGUCGACCCAUCCUUAUGGUUGUCGAGUUAUUCAGCGUAUUUUAGAGCACUGCACAUCUGAGCAGACUCUUCCAAUCUUAGAAGAACUACAUCAGCACACUGAACAGUUAGUGCAGGAUCAGUAUGGAAAUUAUGUCAUUCAGCAUGUUCUGGAACAUGGACGCCCUGAAGAUAAGAGUAAGAUUGUUGCUGAAAUAAGGGGAAAGGUUCUUGCUCUAAGUCAGCACAAGUUUGCCAGCAAUGUUGUUGAAAAGUGUGUCACCCAUGCUUCCCGUGCUGAGCGUGCUUUAUUGAUUGAUGAGAUCUGCUGUCAGAAUGAUGGCCCUCACAGUGCCUUAUACACAAUGAUGAAAGAUCAAUAUGCUAACUAUGUGGUUCAGAAGAUGAUUGACGUAGCAGAACCAGCACAGCGUAAAAUUAUCAUGCACAAGAUUCGUCCUCAUAUUACAACCUUACGGAAAUACACUUAUGGAAAACACAUUUUAGCCAAACUGGAAAAGUAUUAUAUGAAGAAUAACACUGAUCUGGGGCCAAUUGGUGGACCACAAAAUGGAAUAAUGUAAAGUUGAUUUACACAAGAAAUAUUGGAACCUGUGCUACUUAAAUAUUGUGUGCACCAAACUAAAUGAUAGAAAGACAAAUUAACAUUUUAUUGUUGCAUUUUAUAAAUUAUUUCUAUUAAUUGUAAAUUGUAUAUUUUACCAAUUAAUUGCAACUCACAGCCCAGUUCCAAGUCUGUGUGCAUUUUGUUUCUUCUUGCUGGCACAUUAUGGGAAGACCUGGGUAAAAUGCAGAAUAUAUAAAUUUAAAAUAAUUGUAUUAAACUAAAUUGUGAAUGUUGUAAUUUAUAUCUCAUAAAAUAAUUUCCCUUUAUUUUAUAAGAAUUCGACUUUUAGAUUAACCACUUUAAAUUCUGGUAGUUUUGGAUACUUUCUUUAGUACAUUCUCAGGCCCAGUAAAUUAGUUUAAUCUUACAGGAAAUGCUGAUUAAAAUACUACAUUCAUCAAAUUAUGAAAAUAGUUUAAAGUUGAAUUGUUCUUCAGCAAGAUCCUUGUUGACACCAAUAUUUAAAUAGCACCUCAAAUGGUAUGUUGAAAUUUGAUGUAAUUCAGGGAAGUGCAUAAGUGACUGGCUGAUAUGUAAUGUUACUCCUGAUGUUUACUAUAGAGAUGUCAAUACUCAAUAGGUUUUAUUUUUUGAGAUAAACACUGCCCUGCUUUUCUAUUUCAACAAUGUAUAGAAGUGAUGUAUAUACAUAUGUAUUUAACCAUUGGGCAAGGUGGCAGUAACGAAUCAUUAUGAAACACAUUACCUAAAUAUACAAUUGUCUGAAAAGUUGAUUUUUUUCUAAACAAAAUUUGGCUUUUCAGUCUAUUUUGCAAAGAUUUGAGGGAAUUUGUAUUUUUGAAUAACUAAUAUGAGGUUUACGAAUGUGUGGCAGUUUUAUUUUUACUUUUUCAACGUAAACAAUUAGAAAUUUUGGGCAGAUAUGCAAAUUAGGGGGUCUUAAAGGUUGGUCUUGGUUACCCAACUUAACAUAUGUAAAAAGAAUGAAACUGAUUUUGCUUCCAAAUGCAUAAUGUAUAUGUGUAGACUUGCAAUUUAUAGGUGUAAGUUUACUAUUUCAAAACAAACGAUAAUCUGCAGUUUCAAUGUUUAAUCUGAAGCUUGGCUAACUUGAUAGUAAUGCAUAGUUUGGUUGUAAAAUUGUACAUUUGUAAACCUGAUGCUGUAAAUGUUAAGAUGUCUUUUACCCUUUAGAAAACAAAGUUUGCAUCUUAAUGUACAUUCACUAACGCUCCCCUUCCCUCGCAGUGUUGUAUAAUGUAAAUUUCUUUAAAUCAAGUGAUUUUUUAAAAAUUGUCUCUUUAUAUGGCUUAAAAAAUGAACUAGCUUUUUAUCUCUUAGGACAGUACGUUUUGUUUAUAAUUGUAGCUAUUGAGAUUCUGUUCACAUGGUAAUUUUUGAAAAAUUUACAAUCGUAAUGUUUCAUUGUCUAAGUGAAAGUUGUGCAUAGUCAGAAUUGAAAGGAUUAGACUGAGGCAUCUGGUUACCAUGGAAAUGAAACUAGCUUUCCAUCUCAAAAGUGAAAUCCUUUUUGUACAGAAGAGUACUGUAUUUUGGAAUUGUCUACCUUAAUAAGUGGAAAUAUGUAUGAUAUUGUCAAUUUUUUAUUUGAACAUUCGGUUGUAACACUACAUAUAGAUGUACAUUUUACUGGAGGCCUUAUGUACAUUUCCUGAUGACGUUUUGCAGGCAGAAUUGCAACCAUAUGUAUAAUUAAUAGUUAUUUGUAUUCUUUGCCUCUGGAAAUAUUUUGAAACGUGCUUUGUAUAUUCAGUUUCUGAAAGAUAAGAUUGUGAUUGUAUUUUAGUGAUCCUAUAAGUCAGUAUUUUGUAUAAACAGAAUGGCUUUUGGAUUUGGAACAAUUGGGAUAUAUUUAUCUUGAUGCCUUUGGAUGUGAUGUCCUUAGCAUUGAAGAGAUAAAAGGUGUUUUCAUUAGGGCUGUGCAGUCAUCAUUUUUUAAAUGUAUACUAAAAGAUCAUUGAACUUAAAUUAUUCUAGUUCAUAUUUCAAUGUUUAAUCUUUAAUAUUUUGAUUAUUUUAUACGAUUAGUUUGGGCAGUCCUUUUAUACCUGCCAAUACAUCUGUAUUUUCAACCUGACAUUGAUAAGGUGUACUUCGUACCGUUCUUUGCUUUCUAGUUUUUUAAUUGCUUUGUGGAAUGUAACACCUUUUGAAAGCUGCAAACAGAUUCAUCAUCAGGAAAGAUCAUGUUGGCCAUAUUUAGAUAAUUUGGGGUCUGCUUACUAUACCAUCUACAGUGACCUGCAUAAUGUUUGGGACAAAGACCCAUCAUUUAUUUAUUUGCCUCUGUACUCCACAAUUUGAGAUUUGUACUAGAAAAACAUCACAUGUGGUUAAAGUGCACAUUGUCAGAUUUUAGUAAAGGGUAUUUGUAUACAUUUUGGUUUCACCAUAUGGAAAUUACAGCAGUGUUUGUACAUAGUCCCCCACAUUUCAGGACACCAUAAUGUCAUGUAAAUGAAAUAGUCAUGUUCAGUAUUUUGCUGCAUGUCCUUUGCAUGCAAUGACUGCUUGAAGUCUGUGAUUCAUGGACAUCACCAGUUUCUGGGGGUCUUCUCUGGUGAUGCUCUGCCAGGGAUUUAUUACAACCAUCUUUAGCUUAUGCUUUGUUUGGGGGCUAGUACCAUUAAGUUUUCUCUUCAGCAUAUAAAAGACAUGCUCAAUUGGGUUCAGAUCUGGUGAUUGAUUUGGCCACUCGAACUGACCAUUUUUUAGCUUUGAAAAACUUCUUUGGUGCUUUAGCAGUACGUUUGGGAUCAUUGUCUUGCUAUAGAAUGAACCGACGGCCAAUGAGUUUUGAGACAUUUGUUUGAACUUGAACAGAUAGGAUGUGUCUAUAUAUUUCAGAAUUCAUUAUGCUACUACCAUCAGCAGUUGUAUCAUCAAUGAAGAUAAGAGAGCCAGUAUCUUCAGCAGCCAUACAUGCCCAGGCCAUAACACCCCCACCACUGUGUUUCACAGAUGAGGUGGAAUGCCUUGGAUCUUGGGCAGUUACUUCUCUUGUCUAUAUGUUGCUCUUGCCAUCACUCUGAUAUGUUAAACUUCGUCUCACCUGUCCACAAGACCUUUUUCCAGAACUGUGGUUGCCCUUUUAAGUACUUUUUGCAAACUGUAACCUGGCCAUUCUAGUUUUGUGGCUAACCAGUGGCUUGCAUCGUGCCUCUGUUUUCUGUUCAUGUAGUCUUCUGUGGACAGUGAUCAUUGAUAAAUCCGUACCUGACUCCUGAAGAGUGUUUCUGAUCUGUUGGAUAGGUGUUUGGGGAUUUUUCUUUAUUAGAGAGAGAAUUCUUCUGUCAUCAGCUGUGGAGGUCUUCCUUGGCCUGCCAGUCCCUUUGUGAUUAGUAAACUCACCAGUGCUCUCUUUCUUCUCAAUUAUGUUCCAAACAGUUGAUUUUGGUAAGCCUAAGGUUGGGCUGAUGUCUCUAACAGUUUUAUUCUUGUUUCUCAGUCUCAUAAUGGCUUCUUUGACUUUCCUUGGCACAACUUUAAACAGCAAUGAAAGUUUCCAAUGGUGAUGGAAAGACUAGGUCUUGUACCUGCAUUAAGGAGGCAAUUAAACACACCUGAGCAACUACAAAUGCCUGUGAAGCCAUGUGUCCCAAACAUUAUGGUGCCCUGAAAUGUAUGCAUUUCUACAUGGUGAAACCAAAAUGUAUAAAAAUGGCUUUUAAUAAAAUCUGACAAUUUGCACUUUAACCACAUGUGAUUUUUUUAAAAUUACAAAUCGCAAGUUGUGAAGUAGAGAGGCAAAUAAAUAAAUGAUGGGUCUUUGUCCCAAACAUUAUGGAGGGCACUGUACACAGCCAGUGGUGAGUUUAUUAACAUCUUUCAGCACAGCCCUGGUUUCCAUGGCAGCUAUUUAUUUGCCGUGUUAAGGAGGUCACUUUAUGAGAUUGUGCUCUAGUAUUAGCUCGAAUAGCAGGAGUCUUGGUGAAACAAAAUUUGAGUUUCAAUUAGAAUUGUUAUGAAAUUAACCGCAAAACCACUAGAGAAAGCUCUGACAUUUCCAUGGGUAGUUGAUGGACCAUUUUUUGCGUUAUAAGGUCUGCCACCUGGCUCCUUGGUAGUUAAGAUAGACUAAUCUUCAUUUUUGUAUAUGCUGUAUAUAAAAAAUGUGAAUAACGUAUGAAUUAAACCUGUUGUGCUUUCUGUA